GGAUGGGUGGUGGUGAUAACCUAUUCCACUUCAGUGCGAAUUACGGCAGAUGGAAAGGAAAAGGUCAAAGCCAUCAGGUGCGCAGUUUAGGAAAAAGAGAAAAGAAGAAGAGGAGAAACAAGCAAAGAUAAAGGCACAGUUUGACAGACAAGACAAGGAAACAGACGUUCCCCUCCCCACAGCGAUGGUUGGUGGUCGACAUUUUUAUCGUAGCCACUUCUUCACAUGCAGCAUCGCGCUGCUUCUCUGGAUGUGCCUUCAUUAUGUGGAGGCUUCCAGUGGAAAACGUGUCACUCAUAAAGAAGUUGGAGAUACUGUGGAGCUUUCAUCAGGCUUACCGACUGAAGGUGUGACUAUGGCAACAUGGAAAUAUGGAGAAAUAAAAGUUGCAGACAAAGACAUCGGUGUUUCUAAAAGUUCUCGGUUUAAGGACAGAUCAGAGCUAAACUCUGAAGACUUUACUUUAACAGUGAGAAAACUGACUCUUCAAGAUUCUGGAGAUUUCAUUUUUCUUUCAUCUAUAAAUGACACACAGAGGCCUUCAGUCACCAUCACUCUGCAAGUUCAUGAGACCAUAACUAAGAAACCUGUCAUAAAAAUCAGUUACACCUGGAUUCCCUCAAAUGAAUCAUGUAAAGUUCUGCUGGAGUGCAGAGCAACUGGCAAUGUCACCUACAACUGGACUGUAGGAAACCAAACACUAACUGGCUCAAAGCAACAAUACAUCAGCAGGGAGCAGGAAGGAGAGAUCACAUUCACCUGCACAGUUUCCAAUUAUGUCAGUGAGAAGUCUGCAUUUGAAACAGUGAAGUGCAGCAACAGUAGACAACAAGAACAAAGGUCUUCUUCUGCUGUCAUAAUCAUUGUUAGGCUGUUAAUUGGAGUUUUGAUCACUCUACUGCUUCUCUACUUUCUGCUUCGCUACACAAAGUCAAAGGAUCUGUGUUGCAGUAGGUUGGUGAAUCUCACCAACAGCAGUUGAUGAAACAACAUGUGUAUUUGGCUCUUUUCCAAGUUUAACAAGUGUAUCUAACAUUUAUUUUGCUCUGUCAGGAUCAAUAUGAUUCAUUUUUCAUACAAGCAUGACAAAAAGUGUUAAGUAAAGAGUUUGUUGUCUUCGUGCAAAUGCUUUUUUUCUUUUUUUACGUGAUCAUGCUCACCGGAUGAUGUCAGCAGAGGGCAGUGCUUUGAAGACAACAACCAUGGUUUCUACUUUGAGUUCAGCUUCUUCCUCCUCAGCAGUUGACACAAAAAAUUGUAUUACUGCCAUCUAUUGGGCUGGAGUGACAAAUACAAAAUUCCAGAAUUAAAGCA